ACUUUGACGUUAAUUUUCGCUUCCUCGGUUGAUGCCUGAGACAGUUUAAUUAUUUAUUGGGGUCGUAUAGACUAUAACCUAAUUUUUGAGAAUAAUGAUGAGCUCCGUAGCACGAAGGAGUCGUGGUAUUUUGGUGGUGUUCGAAGGCUGCGAUCGAAGUGGGAAAUCGACACAGUGUAGAAUGCUUGUAGAUUACUUGAAAUCGAUUGGAAGAGAUGUAGCUCAUUUGCGUUUUCCAGGUAAAUUAAAGGCUAUCUCUUCCUUUGAGAAAUAUUUUCAGUAAUAUGUUGUAUUGACAUGAAACUGGGAAAUUUGCUUCUUCUCCACUGAUAACACAAUGAUUUCUCAAGCACCAUUUAUAUCCUUACGAUCACGUUUGUGGCUUACACUGGUUAAUGAAGGCAGUUGCCUAUGUGCAGUGUCUCUUGAUGCUUCAUUUCUCAAACCACAAUCCUACCAUGACGAUCUGAUUUGUAAUUCUCCCUUUUAGUUACUUCACACGGCCUUAUAAAUAAGUAUAGGGAAUUUGGUGAUACAUCAGUGUCGUCGUGUUAAGUGUGUCAAUUCUCAUCACAUGUUUACAAAAUAAUGUAUUUAGAGUUUAAGAAGAAGCUACAUGUUUAUUUCUUGUGGAAGUAAUGUAUUCUUGUCUUUUCUUGUCUUGCAAUGUAUCCUAGAGUGUUUUGUUUGUCUACAGACAGAACAACGGCCAUAGGACAAUCUAUUAAUGAUUAUCUUCAAGGAACAACAGAGUUAGAAGAUCAUGCCAUUCAUUUACUGUUCUCUGCCAACAGAUGGGAGUCGGUGUAGGUGACAUCUACUAAGUCCAACAAUCUUUAUUUGCUUUUUUUCAAUUAAAAAAUUAUUGACAUAAUUUGACUUUUACAUUCUUAGUAUUCAAAGGGAUUGAUUAUGUAUCCACCACAAGAUGAGAUGGAACGAGAUGGAGGGAGAGAUGCAUGCACCUUUAGAUCUCCUUGAUGUCCUCUUUCCACUUACAUUUGGGUCUAUAGUUGCUGGGUGGGAGGGGGGUGUGAACUGGUGUAGUGGGGUAUCUCCUAGGGCAGAGAGCAGAGGGUUGUUGGUGGGGCUCUUCCAAAGUAGGUGACAUGUUAAGAUAUGAUAGCUGAGAUGUGAAAGGUUUUUAAUUCUGACCACAUCUGUGUGACUUCAUAUAGAGCUAGUCUUGCACAAGAUCUAGCGAGAAAAUAACCUUGUAGGGAAUUAUCUACCCAUCCAAGAUUGUUACCUUGAAGGAUUGAGGAUUAAUUUAAACCUUUAAAGGUCUUCAUUCACAUUCCCUGAAUGACUUGCUCUUCUUUGUGGCAAAAUCCUCUCCUUUGAGAAGCUUUCCAUAUUUCAAUUACAAUAAAGAAGGGGGAGGGGGUUCUUGAUCAUGUUUCACACACACAUUUUAGGAAAAUCAUGCAUCACAGAUUUGAAAAGAAAAAUUUUGCCUUACCUAGUCUUUUUUGCUUUAUAAUCUCUUUGCUACCCUCAAUAAAUUCUAGAGAAAUUAUUACACAAUUUUAUUUUAUUUAUUUAUAUUUAUCAAAGUAUUUUUGACAACUUUUCUCCGGUUUCAGACCAAGAAUAAAGCAACUAUUAGACAAUGGAACCUUUGUAGUUGUGGAUCGUUAUGCUUUUUCAGGAGUUGCUUUUACAGCAGCCAAGGUGGGAGGAUAUUGCAAAAUACCUGCUACUUUUCCUUAUAUAUUUUGGCACUUCUUAUUUAUUGAUCAGAGUUUUUGCUCAUAGCUUUAGAAAAGUCUAACAUUGGUUUGCUUUGAUAGGGCUAUGAUGUGACGUGGUGUAAGAAUCCUGAUCGGGGCUUGCCAGAUCCUGAUUUAAUAUUCUAUUUAGACAUCUCAACAAAAGAUGCACAAACUAGAGGAUCUUAUGGGGAGGAAAGAUAUGAGAAGGCUGAAUUCCAAGAACGAGUCGCUGAGAUUUAUGAACAACUUAAAAGUAAUGACUGGAAGGUAAAUACCACCAAGCUCUGGUUCCAUGGAUGGUUCAGGUUUUGCAAAAAUAAGACAAAGGAACUCUAUUUCCCCAACACUUGAACUAAGCUUAUCUCUUCUGAUCCUACACACACAACAACUAAAUGCUCUACUUGUGAAUUAUAUGCACAGUUAAGUUAGGUCAAUUAUAACACCUAUGGAGCAUGCUUUUGCAAUAUUACAUAGUAGAUGAAAAUGUAUUCAGAGGAGGAGACAAUAGAAUUUUCUGAUGUUCUCCUGGACCCCCUUUAAACAAUUCCCUCAAAUCCCUCUUAUGCAUUUUUGCUGAAAGACAAUUCCUGGUACCCUGAUCUUCACUACUAACAUUUUUGAACUGUAAGUAAAAAUGUUUUGCCCUGGGGAGAUUUUUUUAUGGACUUAUCACGCUGAGAUGAUCUGAUCAAGACUUCAAAGCCCAGUGGAAUUUAAAUGUAGUAUGUGAUGGCAAAGAUGGAAUGUUAGUAAAAAUAGUGAGGUUUUUAUUGAGUUUGUUUUGACCAUAAAUUUGGUAAGAUACCCUUGAUUGAAAGGCUCCAGUGGUUCUGUCUAAAUCUGGAUGGAAAGAAAAAUAAAAGGGACAAGCAUAAUCAUUAUUUAGUGCUUCAAUUGACAUCUGUAAUUUUUUUGUAGCUUUUAUUUUACAUAUUGAGCUUAACUAACUUACAACGGGUGACAGAAGGAUUGAAUAACAUACAUGAGUAGAUACUCUCUACUCUUUUUAUUUCCAAGAGGCAGGGAAGUAACAUCUUGUUUUCUUUUGUUUCUCCGGUUUUUGUUAUGUGCAGGUGGUAGACGCUAUGAAAGACAAAAAUGAAAUUCAUGAGGAGAUACGGAAUACUCUUCUUGAACUUGAAGAACAAUUCAGCAAGACACCAUUGAAACGUCUUUGGACAAAUGAAAGCUGAUUGGUGGCAACUAAUUUAUAUCGAUGUUGUCUUGAAGAACUUGGAGAAGAAAUGACUCUAAGGAUCAAAAUAGAUAAGGAUAUCUGAGGGAGAUACCUGUGAAAUCCUUGGUUUGAUAGUUGAACGCACGUGAAUAAAUUGAGGAAGAAAUAUUGUGUGUGG